UGUUCUCCAAAGGAUUAAAAACAACUGAGGGAAAGAGAUAAUAUAAUAAUUGUUAUUUAUUUCAGAAAAAAAAAAUGAAUCUGCCGAUGUUUUCAUCAGUAUUCAUUAUAUUUGCUGCUUUCUCACUAAUUCAUGGAUGGAUUCUUCAGUCUAAUAAAGCUAAUAAGUCAAGCGUACAUGACACAUAUGUUACUAAUGCAAUAUUGAAAGCCACUGCCGAAGACUUCAUCGUUUUGCUCGUGAAAAAGAAAACUUCGCAGCAGCUAGAGCAGACAGUCACCACGGCCCAGCUGAGAGCAACGCGAGGGGUUGUUGUGUUCCAGGUGUCAGUGGACGACCAAGAUGACGUCUCUCAGUCUGGCCUCGCGUGGGUGGUAGCCAAGGCUCGACAGGUACGCCGGACAUCGCACAACGUGUUAGUGUUGGUGCAGAGCGACGACGCUGCUUUCCUCUCAGCCUUCGCUCAGUGGACGCUCAAAGGCCGCCUGUUGGUGUGGGCCACGAGGCUCCUUGUGGUUUCCAGUCUCAGACUCCAGAGCGUCCAGUUUCUCCACAAAGUGUUGUCUUUGUCCAACUCCUUGCUGCUCACGCUGGGCGGCAGCGACCAAAGAGUGUCAUUGUCAGCGGUGCUGCCUUACAGUGAGCCAGGGAGUGAGCCUGUCUUGGUAGCGCACUGGUCGCCACACCGCGGGCUGAGUGUUGCUGCGGGCGCUCAACUCUUCCCGGAAAAGUUUAAAAAGAUCACGUCUAGCAUCAGGGUGUUCGCUACGAUGAUCGAGGACGCCACACACAAGCCUGCUUUGGUGGCGGAUCCCUCCGCUCCUGGCGGACAGCGGCUGGUAUUCACGGGUCCCAUGAUCAAAGUGCUUGAUUAUGUGGCUCGAGGUCUCAAUUUCUCGUACGGAUUCAAGCAAUCACCCGAUGGAACUUACGGCGGUAGAAAUACUGACGGUUCCUGGACGGGAAUGGUGGGUCAGGUGUUUAGAGAGGAGGCAGACUUGGGACUGGGCCCCUUUGCAAUGACACCUGUUCGUGCUGAGGACGUGGACUUCACCACACCUGUAAAGAUUUUCGGUGUUCGAAUACUUGCUGGUCAGGGAAAACUGAAGGUCGAUCCCUGGGGUUUCGUGCUGCCGUUAACCCCGACAGUUUGGAUAGUGAGUCUCGCCUCCCUUUUGCUUCUGCCUGGACUGAUGUUCCUCCUCAUUUCACUUAUUUCCCGGUACAAUAGAAGAGCGAAAGACUGGACGACGCUUCAGUACCAGUUCCUCAGCAUAUUUCUUCAGGAAGGUAUGUAG